GGCUCACCUCGAGCCUGUAGGUGUGUUAGGCCGUAUGACAAUUUAUCGGAUUAUUGAGAAAAAAAGUAUUAUUAUUUAAGUUAAUUAUCAGGAUCUCAGGAGUUGAUAAUGGAGCCGUACGACGUUAUUAUCAAUCAACCGGUGGUCAUCGAUAACGGUUCUGGAGUGAUAAAAGCAGGCUUCGCUGGUGAUCAGAUACCAAAAUGCAGAUUUCCAAAUUACAUUGGAAGGCCAAAGCAUGUCAGAGUGAUGGCAGGAGCCCUGGAAGGUGAUCUCUUCGUGGGUCCAAUAGCCGAAGAGCACCGAGGUCUCCUCUCCCUGCGCUACCCAAUGGAGCACGGCAUAGUAACCGACUGGAACGACAUGGAGAGAAUCUGGUCGUACGUGUACAGCAAAGACCAGCUGUCGACGUUCAGCGAGGAGCACCCAGUGCUCCUCACCGAGGCGCCCCUGAAUCCCAGGAAGAAUCGAGAGCGCGCAGCCGAAAUCUUCUUCGAGUCCUUCAACGUUCCAGCUCUGUUUGUCUCCAUGCAAGCAGUUCUGAGUUUGUACGCCACUGGCAGAACCACUGGUGUUGUCUUGGACUCUGGGGAUGGAGUGACACACGCUGUACCCAUCUACGAGGGCUUCGCCAUGCCCCACAGCAUCAUGAGGGUGGACAUCGCCGGAAGAGAUGUCUCCAGGUACCUCAGACUCCUCCUGCGCAAGGAGGGAGUCAAUUUCAAGACAACUGCUGAAUUCGAGAUCGUGAGGACGAUCAAGGAACGCUCGUGCUACUUGUCGAAUAAUCCUCAGAAAGAGGAGACUGUGGAGACUGAGAAGUUUCAGUAUGUUUUGCCUGAUGGAAGUUUUCUCGAAAUUGGUCCUGCCAGGUUCAGGGCACCUGAGGUCCUCUUCAGACCUGAUCUUAUCGGGGAAGAGUGCGAGGGACUGCAUGAGGUCCUCAUGUAUUCUAUUCAGAAGUCAGAUCUCGAUCUGAGGAAAGUGCUCUUCCAGAAUAUCGUGCUGUCUGGGGGAUCUACUUUGUUCCGAGGCUUUGGUGAUAGGUUACUAGCGGAAAUUAGGAAGAUGGCACCUAAGGAUAUCAAAAUCAGGAUAUCAGCACCACAAGAACGUUUAUACAGUACAUGGAUUGGAGGUUCAAUCCUGGCAUCACUAGACACAUUCAAGAAGAUGUGGGUCAGCAAAAGAGAGUACGACGAGGAUGGCAGCAGAGCGAUACACCGUAAAACAUUCUGAGCAGAUUGAUUAUUACAGAAAAUAAUUGGGAAUUAAUGAAAAAUCGAACAAAAAUACCUAAACACACAAGUAACGCUCGGCACAAGACAUUUUUACACGUGUUUGAAUAAUUCCCCUCACUCCUAUCCUUCCACAAUUCCGAGGAAGCCCAACGAGAGACAGAGGAUUAUAGAUUAAUUUUAUAUAUCAAGUAUUUUGGCAACUACUCUCGCAGUGGUUUUAACGACUUUUCCCUCUCAAUGAUUGGCGAAUCAUUGGGUAUACUUAAGUAUCUGGCUCCAAUCCCAGUGAGAUUCGUUGGACAUUCAAUAUUUAAUUUUGGGAAUGAUGAUGCAAUAGUGAAGUGGUGGAACAAUACAGCAGGACAGGACGAACUGAUUUUUCACAUCAAGUUGAACGUAUUGAAUUGGGCUUUACAUGACAUUUUUUUCAGUGCUGGAUAUGAGAAUUGAAUGAAGAAUACUAAACAUGUAUUUCUUAUUCCAAUAGAGAAGGAAGAAUUGAAACUACAGGCGAUUGAGAAUGUCAGAAUUGGGAUGUCAUAAUGCUAAUUUUUUUCCUGAAUACAACUUCCUAAUUUUUUCAUCAUUUUUUCAAAUAAAAAAACAGAAAAUUUUCAUGCCAUCUACGCAUUUUAUUGCUCCAUUAAACGAAUAAAUUUCGUAACACAA